AUCAACUUAACAUUUCGGUUUCAAAUUUUUAAUCCUUGUCAAAAAAGGGUAAUCCUAAAUUUCUAAAUAUUAAUUUUUGUCAAUGGAUUUUCCAAAGUCUUGUCGUCAAACAAACUGGAGCAGUGAGUCGCUGAAGAAUUAUACAUCAAUAGAAUCGAUCAGAAGACAUUUAGCUCGAGGCAAUUCUAGUUAUUUAUGUCGACAUCCAGAGGUGAGAGCAAUUAUUCGGGUGUUUCUUCAUGAACUUUUGGAUAAACAACCUGAGAAUAUCUAUGAAUUUUCAGCUGCGCUUUUCAACUGCAACAACUCGCUCCUGUUGGUCAACAAAAUCAAUAAACAACUUAAUUUGGUUGAUAGGGCUUCGAAGAGAAAUAAGGGGUCUGAGAAUGUGGCUGAGGAAAUCUUUCCGAAGACGACGUCAACAGAUUCUUUGCUUUCGAGAGCUUCAACCUCGGCCGACAUUGAUGCUAUGUUGCGGUAUGCCAUGUUGCUAAGAGAUGAUAAAUGACGGAAGUUCUAUUGCUCACUCGCAAUAAGAAAUAAACCAUUUCAAACAUUUUAUUCCCAUAUCGCAAAAUAAAUUUACCCUCUUUGGAUGAACCGCUACCAAAGAUUUUAGCUCA